CUUGGGAAACGCUUCACCGGGCCAGGCGAACUGUCAUAACAAGACGAAAACAACAAAAAAAAACGCAAAAGUGGGAUCAUCGAUUUCGGGAGAAGGGAUAACAACGGCGAGCGCAGCAUAGCAUAACCGUCCGCGUCCGCCAUCGCGCUACAAUACUGCGUAAAUUCUGUCUGUGUUUCCGCACGUAUUCCGGUCGGAAGAAUGUCCGAUCAUCGUCACGAUCAAUUCUACUAAAACACACAGUGCUCCUCACAACGCGUUCCCUCUUGUCGAACGAAAAAAUCGAAAAGGAAAGUUAUCAUACGAAAGUUAUGGCUGCACUAGCGUUAAGCAUGAUCCGCUUGACGUCAUACGGUGCUCGUAAGGUGCCAACAACCGCUUCCGUCAAGCUGCUGAACGUGGUGCACCGUUACACAUCCGGCAAUGGAUUCAGCAGAUACGCUAGCAGCACGCUAUCGGCAGCGUCAUGCCUUCACAGCACAGAUCGAUAUUCAACGAUACAUCAUCCAAUCAACGCAAGCACAUGGUGCACAAGUGUCCCAUUAAAUGGUGUGCUGGUACGCUCCUUCUCCAAUGGAACCACUUUGCGCCGACAGAAGGAACCCGUGAACGAACAGCAGGAAAUCGACGCACCACCACCACCCGCACCGGAAAAGCUUGGUCUUUUUGCCCGGUUCAAGAAGAUGUACAAGGAGUACUGGUACGUGCUCGUGCCCGUGCACUGUGUCACGUCGGUAAUGUGGUUCGGUGGUUUCUACUACGCCUCUACCAGCGGUGUCGACGUGAUCGCCAUCCUCGAAUCGCUCGGUGUGUCCGAAGCGCUGAUUAACCCGGUGCGAGAUUCCAGCCUGGGACACAUAGCCAUUGCGUACCUGCUGUAUAAAAUAGCGACCCCAGCACGUUACACGGUUACACUGGGCGGUACGACGGUUUCGAUCAAAUAUCUGGAACAGUGGGGCUACAUCAAGCCGAUCCCCUCGAAGGCGCGGCUGGUGCAGAUGUACAAAGACAAGAAGGAAAACAUUCAGGAGAAGAUAGCGGAAAAGAAGCAAGACUUUAAGGACCGUAAGCAGCAGCUCACGGAAAAGAAGAACAAUCUGAUGAGUGAUUUAAAGAUGAAGGAUAAGGACAGCAAAGCUGAUGCAACAACGACGACGGCGACCAGCAGCGUAACCGAGAACAAAUAGCGUCUAUUGUAGGGUGGUCCGCGGUGCGAACUAUAAAGCGGGUGGUGAUUGUUGUUGCCUUGUUUCUGUUGUUUUCCGCCAAGCAGCUGCUUCUAAAGCGAUUUUGGAUGCUUGCUCCGCGGCUGCUGCAGUGCGCACACAUUUGUGUAUUUCUCACAGCCCACGCACGCACGGCGAGAUGAAAAAUAAUAAGUGCAAAUAAACUCAAGGUUAAGUUAUUUGGA